AUGGACGCCGACUCACCCUUCACCCUCCGCCCUCUCCGCGACUUUGAAGACGAGACCCUACAACUCGCAGACCUCUCCUUAGCGGACGAGACCUUUGACGGGGACGCACACCCGCUAGGUCUUCCCCCUCCAUCGAUGGCGUCGUCCUCACGCGCCCCAUACCGGCCACAAGAUUCAAGCCUGACAGCGAGCCUCGCCCAAGACGACAGCGCUAGAUCAAGUACGAGAUCAAGUGCGAGAUCGAGUGCUCGCUCAUCCCCGACUCCCGGACCGCGACCUGAUCAUGAAGAGGGGGGAAACGAUGCCGCGCGCGACGAGCAACUCCGCGGGUCGCUUUCCGAUCUGCGGCGCAUCAACGGCGUCAUGGACGGAUUUCUUAAUGCCCUUGAAGCGGUAAAGGGGCAUAACCAGCGCCUAGAGGAGAAGGUCAAGCAGAGUCGACGGUUGCUCGACGAUUAUGUCGGCCUCAUGAGCCAGACGCACCAUACCAAGCAGCUGCUGUUGAAUCCCAAGUGGACGGGGAUGCACGAUGACGUAGCCGCUAUCCAGGAAGCUGACGAACGCCGCAUUGCCUCCCUCCAGGCUGAGGAGGACGCGCGACUCGCAGCCGAGCAAGCACUCGCCGAGGCCGAGGCGGAGAAGGAGCGCGAGCGCGAGCGAGAAAGGGAACGUGAACGGGGGUACGGGGAUCCCGUCGCGGAGUCGGCCCACGAGCGCUGCUGGCGGGCGCGUGGCGCGGUACGACCAUGUACAGAGUAG